UUUUGUGGGGGCGGGGGCGUUAGUGAGGAGGCUUGCCUUUUCUUGCUUGAGGGCGUUUUGCCGAUGCGCGGCACCCGAUGCUAUCUGCGGACACGCGCCAAUGGAGGGGAGUUGGGGCGCCACGCUCGGGUGCUUUUCCCGCCCACCCGCCCCAUACGCGUGGCCCUCCUUCUGGCGGCGGAUGGGCGCACGAGCAUCAGUGGCUUGACGUUGCCCAUGCUGCUGCGCCCCUUAACGUUGCCAAGCGUGCGUGCCUUAAGGCGCCGCCGGUCCGUAAGCACAGGGCCCGCAUGCUGCGGGCGGCGUCCAAACCCAAUGUGCACUAUACCCUAUAAUCCGAUGGCUCUGUUGAGCGUGGAGCGAAGUCUGGCUGUGCCGUCCUUUCGUUUGGGCGCCAGAUACUCGCCCAUACGGCGGGGUGGGUGGCAGCUCGCUGGCGCGCGGGCACGGGGCGGAGCGCCUGGCCAUGGAAAUGGGCCUCGACGAGCCCCUGCUGCACCUACCGCCCACAUCCGGCAGGCGAGGGGCGGCCGUGUUUACGGACCCGCUGCCACUCCUCGGUGCAUUUUAAACGGGGCCCGAGCAGAGUGA